GGCCGGCAGCCCAGCUGUUUUGAAAAAUGCUUCCUGUUUCUUUAAAGGCGCUCGUGGCUCGGGCGGCCGGGGCUGGGGAGGCGGCGGCGGCGGGAGCUGCCUCCUCUCCGGGCGGCGGCGCUGACUGAUCUCGCGAACUGGGCUUCUGUGUAAACUGAGGCUAAACAAACACAGAUGGAGCGCAGCGGGCGUUCUCCAGAAAUGCUGGCAAGGCGGCAGCGACUUCAGAUGACACUCUGAGCGCUCCGGGAACGGACAGCCCGGCGGCUUCGCGGAGCCGGCGGCGCAGCUGCCCCGGGCGAGGGGGAGAGAGGGAGGGAGGAGGGCGGGCGCGAGAAGGGGGAGAGCCCGAGACUCCCAGGCGCUGAGCGCGGCGGCGGCCCGGGCAGAGCCGGCGCGCAGCGUGCAGAGCGAGCGCGGCGGGCGCGCGGCCCGGGCAGCCCCACGCCCCUGCCUCUCGCGCUGCCCGCGCCAUGAAGCACAUCCCGGUUCUCGAGGACGGGCCGUGGAAGACCGUGUGCGUGAAGGAGCUGAACGGCCUCAAGAAGCUCAAGCGGAAAGGCAAGGAGCCGGCGCGGCGCGCGAACGGCUAUAAAACUUUCCGAUUGGACUUGGAAGCGCCCGAGCACGGCGCCACCGCCACCAACGGGCUGCGCGACAGGACCCAGAGGCUGCAGCCGGUCGCGGCCCCGGUGCCAGCCCCGGCGGCGCCGGCGGUUCCUUCAGGUGGGGGUGCGGACCCAGCCGGGGAGCGCCGGGGCGCCCGAGCGCCGGAGGUCUCGGACGCGCGGAAACGCGGCUUCGCCUUGGGCGCAGUGGGGCCGGGACUCCCCACGCCGCCGCCGCCGCCGCCGCCGCCGCCGCCGCCGCCGCCGCCGCCGGUUCCAGCGUCCCAGGGCCAAGUACCUGGGGGUCCCGAGGCGCAGCCUUUCCGGGAACCCGGCCUGCGUCCCCGCAUCUUGCUGUGCGCACCGCCUGCACGCCCCACGCCGUCGGCGCCCCCUGCGCCCCCGGAGUCUUCAGUGCGCCCGGCGCCCCCCACGCGCCCCGGGGAAAGUUCUUACUCGUCAAUUUCACACGUAAUUUACAAUAACCACCCGGAUUCCUCCGCGUCGCCUAGGAAACGGCCGGGCGAAGCGACCACCGCCGCUUCGGAGAUCAAAGCCCUGCAGCAGACCCGGAGGCUCCUAGCGAACGCCAGGGAGCGGACGCGGGUGCACACGAUCAGCGCAGCCUUCGAGGCGCUCAGGAAGCAGGUGCCGUGUUACUCAUAUGGGCAGAAGCUGUCCAAACUGGCCAUCCUGAGGAUUGCCUGUAACUACAUCCUGUCCCUGGCGCGGCUGGCUGACCUUGACUACAGUGCCGACCACAGCAACCUCAGCUUCUCCGAGUGUGUGCAGCGCUGCACCCGCACCCUGCAGGCCGAGGGACGUGCCAAGAAGCGUAAGGAGUGACUGGCCCCGGUCUAGACCAAGGAUGCUUCCGUGGGCCCUCGUUCUGGUCAAGCCCGAGGAGAAGGUGAGCUCUCCAAGUCCAGCCUUGUCUUCUCCAGGAUUCCACCAGACGCUCAGACCACUGCCUCUCAGGGUGGGGCAGGGGCACACCUGCCUCCCUCUUGCCCUCCUGUCCCCCCUCAGCCACUCUGGUGACUCUGCACUUUGCCCUCGGCCUGGUAGGGAGGGGAGAGCAAAACCUCCCCCUUGCCCAGGGCCUGAGGCCCCUGUCUGGCUGCAGAAAUUCGUUGCCAAAGAUUCCACAGAGACACUGAAGAAAUGGUGGUGACAAAACCCCACGGCAAAAAGCCACCCCAUUGCUCUAGGACUUUUGCUCCUCCUGUUGCCCGAGUUCCAUCUCAAGCCAAAGACGAGUCAGCGAUCCCACAGGAAACUCAUGGAAGGGAUGGACAUUUGGUGACCAUUGGAAGCACUCAACCCUCUGACCUGGCACUCUCUUUCUACGCUGGGUCCUGAGCUGGCUGGGUACAAGAUAAGCCUUCUGGGGGCUGUGAGAGGGGGCUGGGGGUGCUUAUAUGGAGUGGGAUGUGAGAUCCUGGCUCUCUUCUCUCCUUCCCACUGGCUGCCUAGGCCUCUGACCCUGAUUGUCAGUGUUCUGGUCCAGGCUUCUUGGGCCCUGAGCAUCAUGGCAAGGGAGUAAGGGGGAAAAGAAACCAAUUUGACCACUCCGUACCCCACCCCAGGGUCUUGUCCCCCAAGGUGACCAGCCUAAAGGGUCUUUGCUCCCCAGCCAGCCCAGCCAGCCACUCCUUGCCCAUGACCCACCCUCCUGGCUGGGAAAACAAGAUGGUGCCCUGCAUGAAGGCCAGUAGUCUGUGCCCGGUUAUGCAGGGGGUGGGCAGAGGGAAGGAAGGGACCAGGGAAAUGGGCCAGUAAGGUGGCGAGGGGCAUGUUCAAAGCCAAGGCCUAUUCCUUCCUUGUGCUCAAAAGGCCAAAGCUGUUCACAUCUGUGCUCAACCAUCUGCUUCAAAUUGAAGUAAAAGCCCAAACAUGUAAAGAAAACACUUGCUCGUGUUGAAUGGACUCUGUGGGCGACCAGGACUUUGGCUGGUCAGUUAAGGGGGAGUUGUGGGAGGAGGGGAGAGGCUGGUGUUGGCCUAGAAGUUGAGCAUGUGAGUGUGUGUGUGUGUGCGCGUGUGUGUGUGUGUGUGUCAGGGUGUAGGGAGCCCUCACCAUGACCUCAAAUCUGGACUAGUGACCAGGAGGCCUGGUCAGAAACAUGUGAGGAGCUCUUUCCACUUCAUACCUCACUUAAUCCAUUCCACAAGUUUAUGAGGUGGGAACUGUCAUUUUAAUCCCAUUUUACAGAUGAAGAAAUAAGGCCCCAAGGAGACAGUGAUGGAUCUGGCCCUCAAAUCAGGGUGAUCUCACGCCAAAUCCUGUGCUCUCACCCCCUUUCUGGCCCCCUAGUCCAGUCCCAGCCCAAAGUCUUUGUGUGGCCUUGUCACAUCACUUCACCUCAGUGGGCAUUUGGGGGUGGGGAAGAGAUCAUAAGAUAAGAAUGGGGAGAGGACUCUCAGGGGCAGGGCUGCCCAGGGAGAUGGGAGGUGAUGAGGAAAGGAGCUAUGCUCCUGCAGGGUGCACAUUUGUCCCUUGGUUCAGCCCAGCCACGCCGUGUCGGUCUGCUCCCUCGGAUCCUGGACUGGGUCCUGAAUGUCUGCAGGUGCAGCUGACUGACAGGAGCCUCCUCCCCCUGCACUAGUGUUUCCCAGGCACGGCCCUUUGCCAAGAACCAGGUUGUUGGACAGGUCCUGGAUCUGGGACAGAAGUAGGGGACCCAGACUGCUCAGAGCACUCCUCAGAGCAAAGGUGCCCUGCAAGACAGAAUGGGCUUGGGAUGGGGGCUACAAGGGGAUGGUCACUGGGGUGCCCAGGUGUCUCAGUCGAUUGAGCAUCCAGCUCUGGAUUUCAGCUCAGGUCAUGAUCUCAUGGUGGGGAGAUCAAGCUCUGCGUUAGGCUCGGCACUGACAGCAUGGAGCCUGCUUGGGAUUCUCUCUCUCCGCCCCCCUCUCUCUCUCUCACUGCCCCUUUCCACUCUCUCUCAAAAUAAACAUUAAAAAAAAAAAAGGUUGGUCACCUAGGGCUCCAGGCACAAGGCAUAUCCCCACUCACUUGUCUCCCUGACUUUCUGAGUAUUGCUGGUGACACUUCCUAGGGAAGCAGGAAAUGUGGACCAAACAGCAUGAAACUUAUUGACAUAAGAGGACCCUUUCUGUUACUAAAAGGUGGGGAGGUACCCUCAUUCUGCUGCCAGGGGACCAGACCCCAUGGCCUUACCACCCAGAAACAACCUGUGGCUUCCGCUCCCACCCCUUUCUUAUUCCUGGCCUUUGUAACAUACUUCCCUUUCGUUCUGAAGCAUCUAUUGGUCAUUAGCUGCAUUAUCAGACAUUAAGCUGGGUGUUCACAAUGGAGGAAUGGAUCUCACACAGCACCUGUCUUCACGGAGCUCAUGGACCUGUACAGGCAGAUAAGCAAAUAAUUAUGAUACAGUCAGAUGACUAAGAUGUCGUUGGGAAUUUCAGGCAAUUCCUCCAAAGAGGCCUUGGGAGUUGGGUCUUGAAGGAUGAACAGAAGUUUUCUCUGUGCAGAGGAAUGGGAGAAGGGCUUUUAGGAAUACCUAGCCCUGGCGGGACAUUGGAAUCACCUAAGGAGAUUAUGAUUAUUGAUAUGAAAUAUUUAUGCCAAAGUCCCAUCUCCAGAAAUUCCGAUGUAUUGGUCUGGAGUGUGACUUGGGCAUUGGGAUUUUUUAAUGUUUAAUUUUGAGAGAGAGAGAGAGAGGUAGGGGCAGAGAGAGAGGGAGACACAGAAUCCAAAGCAGGCUUCAGGCUCUGAGCUGUCAGCACAGAGCCCAACACAGAGCUUGAACCCAUGAACUGUGAGAUCAUGACCUGAGCCAAAGUCGGUGCUCAACCAACUGAGCCACCCAAGCGUCCCUGACAUUGGGAUUUUUAAAAGCUCCCUAAGUGAUUCCAAAGUGCUGGCAAGAUUGAGAGCUACUGGUUUAAGUGGGCUCAGGUUUUUGACAAAAAAGUGAUUUAGAAUCACUGAUGUGGGAUACAGGCCGGGCCAAAAAUGUGGAUGGGUGGACGUGGGUGUGUGUGUAUAGCUCUGUGUGCACAUGCGUGCACAUAUGUGUGUGAACGAUUGAAAGUUCAUGCUUUUCUUUCUUUUUCCAGCUUCUCCCCCAGUACAGCAGCUUGUGUUUGUGCAUACACACACACACACACACACACACACACAAAUGUACACUCCUUCUUGUGUACACAUGCACAUCUGUAUACACGCUUGCAGAUACUCCCAGGGAAGGGAGAUCCAUUUGAGGUAGAUUGAGAUUGCCAAUUUUCACUGGCAGCCUUUCAGGCCAUUUUAUGGAAGCAGCCAGGCAAGAAGACCCUCGACAGGAUAAAAAUUAUGAAGAGCCACCCCCCUCACGUCCCAGUCCAGCGGAGGGUUUGUGAUCACAGAGCCCUGCAGGUUUGUUUGCGGCACAGCCUCCUGCUUUGUUGUUUGCUCUGCGUCCUGAGCCCACGUGCCGGUGAUGGCUCAUCAAUCACCAGCCACAGAGGGACCCAGGGGAGCUGCGAGUGACACAUAUGUCUGUGUGUGUACCUCUGAGUGCCUGCCUGGUUCCUGCAGCAUGCAUGCUUCCUGCUCUCCGCAGGACACAAACCACAAAGAACUGCUCCAGGACUCGGAGUUCCCAGCUCCACCCAGCUUUAUAAAACUUCAAAAACUCUGUGCACAUCAGCUGCACUGCUUCCUGGUUCCGGCCCCACAUCAUCCCAGAAGAGAGGCUUAAGUUCUGGGGAGGGCGGUCCAUGAGUCCCUGGGCCCCUUUCUGGGCUCACAGCUGGGCCAGGGUCCCAGGUGGAUUCCGUCUCCCCACACAGUGACUCCUUCCUGUCCCCAUCACCAUCACUCUGGCCUGAGACAUCCUCCUACCCUCCCUCUACCAACCUGAGUCCUCCAAGGGCCCCGGGCUGUCCUUUUUUCUCCGACCCACCCUCACCCCUCUCCCCUUUCUCACCAGCCUGCGAGGAGGAGGGGCAGGUCCCAGGGGCCAGAACAGGUAACAGCAUGCAGGGACUGUGCUGGGAGCUGGAGGAACCCACAGAGCCCCUCAUGCCCGUGAUCCAGGGCGGAGAUGUGGGCAAGUGCUGUGCUGUGGUCAGCCAUGGUAGGCCAGCUGGGAGGCUGGAGCUGGCACUGCACUUGCCUCCCUCUGUCCAUGCUGUUUUCUAAGCAGCAAGGUAGUCAUCACCAGUAGCCCAGUGACAGUCUGGCCUUCUCAGAGCAAGACUUGGACAUCUCCAAGUGUUUCCUUCAGGGGGACUUGUAAUGCCAUUGUCACUCCGACCUCUUGCUGCCGCCAAUCCUGCACAGCUGUGUUCUGUUUCCAGGCUCCAGGAGCACAGGGAGGCAUGGAGGGGGACCUGCCUGGGAGGUGGGGUGGGGGUGGGGGGCUAGAGGAAGGGCAGCUGGCUUUUCCUUUGCUACCGCCCCCCCCAUCCUGGUUCUCACCUCGGCACACUCCUCCCCUCUGAUACCCCAGACCCCAGACAAGCUCUGUUUGCCUUCCUGAAGCCGGGCACCCCCAAAGAACUUGUAUUUAUAAAUAACGACCUGGUUUUACAGAUAUUUGGGCACAUGUCUAAUCUCCAGAUGAGCUAUGAAUUCCUAGAAGGCAAAGAUUGGGUCUAAUUCAUCUCCAAAUCCUCGAAAAGGCCUUGCAAAAUGUAUAUAUUGGUUUCUUUGUUAAAUGAAUAAAAAAGUGGAAAAUA